GGGCACAAUAAUUUUUUAGUUGGAGCGCAGCGCUAGCCGGUGACGGGCGACGGGCCAGAUACAGGGCCACACAGACGACCUACCCGGACGAGCCGAGCCACAUAGUAACGCCGUAGUAAUCAACAAAGUCAGCAGGCGUAGGCGGACCCCAGCCACAGCCACAGUCAAUUGUGCAACUGCAAGCUGGAGGAGAAAACCAAAUAGAGGACUUAGAGCGACAAUGGAGCUGCCCCCGGCGUGCCAUCUUCAGAUUGGAUCUGCGGAAUAGGCAUCCGACUAGAAGCCGCGAACGUGGACCCAUCGAACGGUGUCCCUUUUUACGGAUUCGUGUGUCUGGCUUCCGUUCCGUUCCCGUGCCAGAAAAUCGAUAAUUCCGUGCUGUAUAAGUUACGGCGAAAGGUGCGCGGAUAUCCCUCGGAUCCACUCGGCCGGGCGUCGGGACAUCGUGCCUCGUCGGCCAUCGUCGGCUGGAGAGUAAAUCAGAGCCAGAAGCCAGAAUCAGGAAGCAGAAUCGGAAUCGGAAUCAGAAUCGGACUCGGAUGAGGAGGGGAGGGGGCCGAAGCAGCGCGUAAAAAUAACAAACAAAAAUACAUGUGGAGGCGUAUAAAUAGAAACAGCGUGUGAAGCGCAACAGCGAAAAAAGUAGUAGUAUGUAGUAAUAGUAGUAGAAGGAGGAGCCAAAAGGGGGGACACCAACCGAAGCGCAGUCGCUAUCGACAGUGACUGCGACUGCGACAGAGACUGCGACUGCGACAGAGACUUCGACUGCGACUGCGACUGCGACUGCGACGUCGUAGUAAGUUUCCUUGAGUGCGUGUGUGUGGGAGUGUGUGUGCGUGCAGCCUGCGUGGGUUGCAUGGAAUGUAUAAUAAAUAAAGCAAAGUCCCAGGCACAGCGCCCCAGUCCCAGUCCCAGGAGCUGAAAAAACCAUGAUAAAGUUUGUCAGGCAGAAAAAUCGCGAGAACUCAUUAAGGGAAUCCAAAAAUUUUCUGCGUAAAAAGCGUGAAUCGAAUGACUCUGGCACCGAAUCUGAUGGUGAACUCCUCGAUGUGGAAAGUUACUUAGACGUGGACAUGGAAACUAGUGUUGCUGGCCAAAAGAUAGCUCCUGCCAUGAUGUGUCACCAGCAGACCUCGUCCUCGUGCGCCCAUCUCAUGUACGACCAGCACAGCUCCGAGGAAGAGCUGGAGGUGAUCAACGGGCCCUCGUCGCAGGGCGGCCAGCAUCCCGGCGGCACGGCAGCGACGGGCGGGUCCUCGUGCGCCUCUCGGAUCUCGAACCGGGGAUGCGCCUCCUCCCUGGACACGGAGGCGCCAUUCGAGGAGCGGGCCACCACCUCCAACUCGAAGCGCUCCAGCUCCUCCCUGAUGGUGGAGAACCGGAAGCGGUCGCUGGCCCACAGCUCCGACGACGAGCUGCGAAACUCGCUGGAGCCGAUCUUGACGCCGGUCAAUUUCCGCACAUCGCCGCCACUGGAGGCGUUCAAGCCAAAUCGAAGCCAUAUGAUGUUCCGCUCCACAACGCCACUGAUAUUAUCGGAGGCCCGAUGUGGCAUCGAAAAUAUUAAAUUAUGUGAUAAUAGUGUAAACGAGGAGAACGGCGACAACGGCGGCGGUGGGGGCGGCGGCAAGUGCGCCAAAAUCGGAACUGGAUCGGGGACCGGCGGGAACGAGAACGAGCCGAGCGUGAUCAAGGCCUGCAGCAGCUCCCUGAAGAUGAGCAACAGCAGCCACCACAUCUACCAGCCGCUGCCGAAGUACAGUUUCCACUACAACAGCUCCCGGAGCAGUCCGGCCAGCACCACCGGCCUGGACAACAUGGAGGUGCGGUCGGUCAGUCCGCCGGCGAAGCUGUUCCACUGCGCCAUAUCGCCCCGGAGGCGUCCGAGCAACAACUCCAGCGCGCCAGCGGGAUCCUCCGGCGCAGUCGCGGGAUCCUCGUCAUCCACAACGACACAGAACGCUGCCAACUCUGCCGGAAACGGAGCGUCCGCGUCCGCCGCCGUCGCCGCCACCCAGAGACUGCAGCGACCGCAUCGGCCGUGCUUAGAUUUUGAUAAGAUGCAGCAGGUGAGUCUCUAAUGCAGAGCGCGCUAACAGCCAGCAGCGGAGCAAGGACGAAGGCUGGAGGGUGGAGGACGAAAAGGUAACGGAUAGGGGCAAAUCAAAGACUUUUUAUACGAAACCUCAACAGGAACAGGAACAGAAACAGUAACCGUAACCGUAACCGCAACAGCCACUGAAACAGAUCCGAAAGCGAAACUUCAGGUCGGGAAGCACACCAUCUAGCAGCAACAGUCGGAGGAUAACAAGGUCCAAACCAAACUAAAUAAGCCGGAGCAGCAGCUUCAGCUGGAGCUGGAGCUGAAGCUACAAUUAAAGGACAAGCAGCCCAAGGAGAAUAUCAUCAAAUCAAAUUAUAUAAUUAUAAAGGUACUUCAAAUUUUAAAGCAAAGCAGCAACCAGAAACCAAAAACCAAAAAUGAAAACGAAAACGAUAACAAGAAACCUAAAAUUUACAAUAGAAGCAGCUAUUUUUUCACACUUUUAAACUGGAAACUGUGACAAGCGAGGAGGCACGAACAGAGAUCGUAUUGGGGAGCAGGGAUACAGAAUCAGAAACUGAUCAGAUCGAGGUUAAGAUUUAGGUGUACGACGUAGCAACUAUGAGGAGGGAGGGAAGCCCCGUCAGUCGAAGCUGACAACUGAAAACUGUAAAUAUUGUAUGUGUGUGGAGGGGAAUCCUUUGAAGAAUUGGCACGCCAUCAGGGGGAAGAGGACGCCUCUUUUAAGGGGCGCCAGAAAGUAUUUUAAUUUUUUAAUAGGAGACCGGCGAACGGCAACAUGGUGAUGUAGACAGAAGACUCAGAACUCGAAAAAGAGCGAAAUUAUAUUUCUAUAGGGAUGCAGGAUGCAGGAGGCUGGACACUUGGGAGGAGGAGGAAAUAGUAGGGCAGACAAUGUGAAGUAACAAUAGCAACUGAAGUAAUAUAAACAGAAACCACAAACCAAACAUAACUUUUGUACGCUCCGGAGUUGGAAGACAGUAAUAUGUGUUUAAAGUACGAGGUGGAAUAGCGAGCUAUUUUAUAAACAAUAUUCAAUUAAUCCGCAAAUAGGAAACCGGCUUAGGAGGAGAAACAAACCAAACCAAAAAGCUGCCAUCAACAUGCAAGCGUGGGAUGAGGGCUCCUCAGUUUACCAGACAUGGUUGAUUGGGAAGAUUGGCGAUCCAGUACGAUUAUUAUGCGAUUGGCAGGCGUUUGCGAGCUCAUAAGUGUAUUAGUAAUUAACCCUUCUUUGUCGACUAAUUGCAACCAGGAUCAGAAUCAGGAUCGGGAUCAGGGCCAGGAGCUGGAGCUGGAGAACAGAAGGCAGGAAGCAAACCCCAUAUUCAAUUUAAACGAAAAGCUAAACCCAGUAACGUGUGCAACCAUAGCAGCGAAACAAAAAACAUACAUUCUUAAGUACCAUACAUAUAUAUUAAAGCCAGAGGGAGAUAUUCAACGUAAAGCUAAUUUUAAAUCGUACUGCUACUCGGAGGGCGGGCUAAAUUUCAGUUCUAAUCCUACAGUAGUCGCCGCGAUCGCAAUUCUUUCAAUAUCCAUCUCAUCCGAACACUGAACCACACACACCUCUAACACUCAGCCACACACUCAACCUACCAAAUAGCAUAAUCCACACCACCAAGACACCAAGAUAUAUAUACGACAGUAGGGAGGACUAGGACUAGGACUAGGAGGGUUAGGAGCUCUCGUAGGUCCAUGGAGAUGGGAGGAGGACAGAUUAUAUUAUAGAAGGUAUGCGUCGGAGAAACAAAUCGAUGAAGGAUAUCAAGGACUGAUCGUACAUUAGGGCGCGAGGGAGGAAGGACAGAGAAACAUGUGAAGCAACCAAUACUAGGAUUUUAGUUUUAAGUUCUGAAGAAGGGAAAUUAUUGUGAAAUGAAAUGAAAAAGUGAAACAAACACGGAAAGCACACACAAAUCUAUGAAACGCAGGGCUGCAAGGCUGCGGGGCGAUUAUGUUGAAUAUUUUUGAGAAACAAAGAAACAAAAUUAUGUUGUAAACAAAGAAUACAAAGAUUUGAUUGCGUCCGGGCCCGGUGAGAGGCACAGGCGCCCGGCACUUGUGUUGUACAUAGUUACAUUAAUAAUACAAUAUAUAUUUAAUAUAUAUAUACAUAUAAUUACUCACUAAAGUAAGUCGAAGAACGGUACAAGUGCAAAACAGAUGAGAACAAAAGGCGAAACCUUUGAAAACGAAAAGACGAAAGUGAAAAGAGACGACAUGAAAACAUGAAAAAUAAUAAAGAAAUGCUCUGCAA